AUGAAUGGUAUUUUAAACUACAAAAUACAGUAUCGCUCCUCCCCUAAAUAUAAAAAUGCUAUUUCUCCUACUUCAAGGUUUAAAAACAAAGGUGUAGUCCAAUCGCCAGUAACAAAUCCUGAUAUAACUGAAAUUGAUGCUAGUUCUGAAGAGAACAAUGAUAAUGAUGUAUCUGAACCAUCUACUUCAAGAUCAAGAAGCUCCAACAUAGUUAAAAUCGAUAAUUCUAAAGCUGAUAACAAUGUAUCUGGCCUAUCUACUCCUAUUCAAUAUGCAACAAGAUCUUUACAAUCUUCAAGAUUUUCAACCCAGUUAUCAGCAACAAGUUCUACUACAACUGAGGUUGAUA